CGUAUCACUAGUAGCAGGAGCAGCAGCAGCAGGAGGAGCAGCGCUCCUUUCUCCUCCGUAAUCCAAACAAUGACUCCUGCUCCUACACGGAGGAAAGCGGAGCACUAGAAUGCGUUUAACGGCACAAAAACCCCGCGUUUCGCUGCCAUUCCGAGCGUAAAAACGAUAAAAAUGUGGAUACCUACAGAACACGAAAAAUACGGCGUCGUGCUGGUCAGUUUUCGUGGGACCGUCCAGCACGGCCUCCCGCUGGAGAUAGGAGACACUGUGCAGAUCCUGGAGAAAUGUGAAGGCUGGUACAGAGGAUUCAUCCUGAAGAACCCAAAUGUCAAGGGAAUAUUCCCGUCCAGCUACAUCCACUUGAAGAAUGCCCACGUCAAGAAUAAAGGGCAGUUUGAGACGGUGAUCCCGGUGGAAGAUUCAGUCAUCACGGAGAUGACGUCAACGUUACGAGAUUGGGGAACCAUGUGGAAGCAGCUCUAUGUGAAGAGUGAGGGUGAUUUAUUCCACCGGCUUUGGCAUGUGAUGAAUGAAAUCCUGGACUUGAGGAGGCAGGUGCUGGUGGGUCACCUCACCCAUGACCGCAUGAGGGACGUUAAACAGCACAUCACAGCGAGACUGGACUGGGGCAACGAACAGCUUGGCUUGGAUCUGGUUCCCAGGCGAGAGUUCAGCAUGGUGGACCCAGAUGAAAUCAGCGUCACAGAACUUUACAGACUGAUGGAACAUCGGCAUCGUAAGAAAGACACCCCUGUGCCUGCUAGCACGCACCACUUGUUUGUUCAUGUCAAGACCCUGAUGAGUGCCAAUCUGGGGGAGGAGCUCGAAGUCUUUUUCCACAUUUAUGAUGGACGGGAGAACCGACCACUCAGUGAGCGGUUCUUUGUCAGGCUGAAUAAGAACGGUUUACCAAAGUCGCCAGAGAAGACCGAACGGCAGUGCACGCUGUUUGUGGAUUUGGGAAGCAGUGAUCUGCGGAAGGAUGUCUACAUUGUUGUGCACAUCAUAAGAAUAGGGCGGAUGGGAGCAGGAGAGAAGAAGAACCUGUGCAGCGUACAGUACAGGAGGCCGUUUGGAUGUGCUGUGGUCAGCAUUGCAGACCUCCUCACUGCAGACUCCAAGGAUGACCACCAGCUCAAGGUUUACACGUGUAAUACUGAGAGCGAGUGGUACCAGAUCCAUGAGAAUAUCAUCAAGAAGGCUAAUUCCAGGUACAACCUGUCUGGCUCCAACACCGGCCUGGCUGUGGCUCUGCAGCUCCUCCACGGAGACAUAGAGCAGCUGAGACGGGAAUAUAUGGUCCUCUUCACUCGGGGUGUGUCCAUCACCAGGAAACUGGGCUUCUCUGAUGUCAUCAUGCCAGGCGAGAUGAGGAAUGACCUUUACAUCACACUGGAAAAAGGAGAGUUUGAUAAGGGUGGGAAGAGCGUGGCCAGAAAUGUGGAGAUCACCGUUUGUGUGCUGGAUGCUGACGGUCAGAUCAUCAAGAGUCACGUGGCCGCCGGCUCCGGCGAACCGGGAGCAGACGAGUACCACUCGCUGGUUCUGUACCACAACAACAGCCCCCGCUGGGCCGAGCAGAUCAAGCUGCCCAUCCCGGUCGACAUGUUUCGGGGUUCACACGUCCGCUUUGAGUUCCGCCACUGCUCUACCAAAGACAAGGGAGAGAAGAAACUGUUUGGCUACUCCUUUGUACCUCUGAUGCAAGAGGAUGGCAGGACUCUGCCAGAUGGCACCCAUGAGCUCAUUAUCCAUAAGUGCGACGAGAACACCAAUUUGUCAGAUUGUUCGCGCUACCUGAAGCUCCAAUUUUCCAAGCCCAAUUUCCCGUCCAACAACCAGACCCUCAAAGGAGCCAAGGAGUCAUUCUGGAUCACCAGCUUUCUCUGCUCCACCAAACUCACACAGAACGGUGAUAUGCUGGACCUGCUGAAGUGGCGAGCCCACCCCGAAAGGAUCAGCGACAGCCUCUCAAAGCUCAAAGAGAUCGAUGGCUCAGAGAUUGUGAAGUUUCUACAGGACACUCUGGACACUCUCUUUGGCAUUCUGGAUGAAAGCUCCCAGAGAUACGGCCUUAAAGUGUUUGACUCGCUGGUCCACAUCAUCAACUUGCUCCAGGACAGCAAAUUCCAGCACUUCAAACCAGUAAUGGACACUUACAUCGAGAGUCACUUUGCCGGAGCGCUGUCCUACAGGGACCUCAUCAAAGUGCUGAAGUGGUACGUGGACCGAAUUGUCGACGCGGAGCAUCAGGAACACAUACAGAAAGUGCUCAAGGCAAGCGAGUACAUCUUCAAGUACAUUAUCCAGUCUCGCCGGCUCUUCUCCUUCGCCACAGGAGGCCAGAACGAGGAGGAGUUCAGAGUGUGCAUCCACGAGCUCUUUAUGUCUAUUCGCUUCUUCCUCUCCCAGGAAAACAAAGGCACCAGUCCCAUGGCGCAAACGCAGGCGGUGUUCCUGCGAACAUUCCCAGCUAUUUACAGUGAGCUGUUAAAGAUCUUCACUGUGCGGGAGGUGGCCGGCUUUGUCAAGGAGACGCUGGGCUGCCUGCCCACCACUGUCCAUCCUGACUGCCCCCUGCAGGCCGUUAAGCUGCAGUCCAUCGUCAAGACAGUGGAAAGCCAGCUUUACAUCAACCCAGAGUCGCGAUGCAUCCUGCUGCCGGUGGUGCUGCGUGUCCUCCAGGUGCACAUGCAGGAGCAGAAAGACCUGGUGAUGUGCGCUCGCAUCCUCACCAGCAUGCUGUCGCUCAUCAAGAAGGAGGAGAAUGGCGCCGCAGAGCCGGUGGUGUCUGAGGAGGUGGAGCUGAUCAUGGAGAGCCUGCUGGGAGUUUUACUCAGGACCAUCCUGGAAAUUAGCAACCACCCCCAGCCUGCUGGUCCCACCAUGAGACUCCAGUUCCAGGAUGUAACGGGAGAGUUUGUGGCGUGUCUGUUGGCCCUCCUGCGACAGAUGAGUGACAGACAUUACCAGCAGCUGCUGCAGGCCUUCAGCAACAAAGACGACCUGAGGGACUUCCUUCUUCAGAUCUUCACAGUGUUCAGGAUUCUUAUCCGACCAGAAAUGUUCAGUAAAGAUUGGACGGUCAUGCGGUUGGUCACCAACAACGUCAUCAUCACGACUGUCCUCUAUCUAUCGGACGCUCUGAGGAAAAACUUCCUCAACGACAAGUUUGACUACAAGGUGUGGGACUCGUACUUCUACCUGUCUGUGAUAUUUAUCAACCAGCCGUGUCUUCAGCUGGAGUCAUUCUCUCCGUCCAAGAGGAAGAAGAUAUUGGAGAAGUAUGGAGAUAUGAGGGUGAUGAUGGGAUGUGAGAUCUUCAGCAUGUGGCAGAAUUUAGGAGAACAUAAGCUGAAUUUCAUCCCAGCAAUGAUCGGCCCAUUCCUGGAGGUGACGCUGGUGCCGCAGCCUGAUCUGAGAAAUGUCAUGAUCCCCAUCUUCCACGACAUGAUGGAUUGGGAGCAGAGACGCAGUGGAAAUUUCAAGCAGGUGGAGGCCAAGCUGAUCGAUAAGCUGGACAGCCUGAUGUCUGACGGCAAAGGAGACGAGACCUACCGAGAACUCUUCAACAGCAUAAUUCCUCUGUUUGGUCCGUACCCUAGCCUCCUGAAGAAGAUUGAGCGAGAGACCUGGAGGGAGAGCGGAAUCUCUCUGAUCGCGACUGUCACUCGCCUAAUGGAGAGAUUGCUGGACUAUAGGGAUUGUAUGAAGCUGGGAGAGGUGGAUGGCAAAAAGAUUGGAUGCACUGUCAGUUUACUUAACUUCUACAAAACGGAGUUGAACAAGGAAGAGAUGUACAUCCGCUAUAUUCACAAACUGUACGACCUGCAUUUAAAAGCACAAAAUUACACAGAGGCGUCGUACACCCUGCUCCUCUACGAUGAGUUGCUGGAGUGGUCAGACAGGCCACUGAGAGAGUUCCUCAACUACCCGAUGCAAAGCGAGUGGCAAAGAAAAGAAUUUCUGCACAUCACCAUCAUCCAGAACUUUGACAGGGGGAAGUGUUGGGAGAACGGCAUCAUCUUGUGCAGAGAACUGGCUGACCAAUACGAGUCGUACUACGACUACAGGAACUUGAGUAAAAUGAGGAUGAUGGAAGCCUCUCUCUAUGACAAGAUCAUGGACCAGCAAAGACUAGAGCCCGAAUUCUUCCGAGUCGGUUUUUAUGGAAAGAAGUUUCCCUUUUUCUUACGGAAUAAGGAGUUUGUGUGCCGCGGCCACGACUACGAGAGGCUGGAAGCUUUCCAGCAGCGGAUGCUCAACGAGUUUCCCCACGCCAUCGCCAUGCAGCACGUCAACCAGCCCGACCAGACCAUAUACCAGGCAGACGCGCAGUACCUGCAGAUCUAUGCGGUGACCCCCAUUCCGGAGAGUCAGGAUGUGCUACAAAGAGACGGUGUGCCUGACAACAUCAAAAGUUUCUACAAGUUCAAUCACAUCUGGAGGUUCAGAUAUGACCGGCCCUUCCACAAGGGAACCAAAGACAAGGAGAACGAGUUCAAGAGCCUGUGGGUGGAGAGGACGACGCUGACUUUGGUCCAGAGUCUUCCAGGAAUCUCCCGCUGGUUCGAGGUGGAGAAACGAGAACUGGUGGAGGUAAGCCCGCUGGAGAAUGCCACCGAGGUGAUCGAGAACAAGAACCUCCAGUUACGGAUGUUGAUCACCCAGUGUCAGAGCCGGCAGAUGCAGAACAUCAACCCCCUCACCAUGUGCCUCAACGGGGUCAUCGACGCCGCCGUUAACGGCGGGCUGGCCCGCUACCAAGAGGCCUUUUUUGUGAAGGACUACAUUAUGAAUCACCCCGAGGACGGGGAGAAGAUUGGCCGACUGAGAGAGUUGAUGUUUGAACAGGCACACAUCCUGGAGUACGGUCUCGCUGUGCACGAGAAGUUUGUUCCUCAGGACAUGAGACCCCUCCACAAGAAGUUAGUGGACCAGUUUCAUCUGAUGAAAUCCAGUCUUGGCAUACAGGAGUUUCCACCAUAUGUGCGCGCGAGCCCAGUGCACUUCACCAACGGCAGCCCGCGUAGCUGCAGGAACUCUGUGCCCAGCAUCAUAAGCCCAGAAGGUGGCAGAGGGGUAACGAGGAGAAGCUACCCUGCGGUGAAUCGCUACUCCUCGUCUUCGCUGUCAUCUCAGGCCUCCAACGAAGUCAGUAACAUCACAGGCCAAUCAGAAAGCUCAGAUGAAGUCUUCAACAUGCAGCCCAGUCCUUCUACCUCGAGCCUCAGCUCCAAUCAUUCUGCCUCACCCAACGUCACCAGCUCAGCCCCGUCCAGUGCCAAAGGUUCGCCCCAGAUGGCGGAAAAGCACAAGCAUUCCAGAGAAAAUGCGUGUUUGUCUCCGCGGGAGAGGCCGGUCAGCGCCAUUUUUCCCAACCCCCUGGACUCUGCACAGAGAGCUGCUCCUCAUCAGAUAGGCGAUGCCACUUUACCACGGAGUGACCCCAACCUCUCAGCGCCAGACAAAGUGAGACCCACACCCAGUAGCUGGAGCCUAGACAGUGUCAAAGAGAGCAUGCCGUACUUCUCUGACUCUGUUGGCAAAUUGCUAUGUCCUCCUAUCCCUCCUAGACCACCGUACUCAGCAGGGUCCUCUGCGAAAAACAUGAGGUCACAGUCGCCUGUCCCCACGUCCAGAUCGCCACAAAAGACCUCAGUACCACCUUUCACCCCGUCUCCCACUGAGUGCCAGUCCACCAGCCUGGUGUCCAACUCCCCCGUUCUUUCCGGCAGCUACAGCAGCGGCAUCUCCUCCCUUAGUCGCUGCAGCGUGUCGGAAGCUUCCGGCACCGAGCUGCCUGCAGGCGAGCACCUGACCCACCCUCCGCCUCCACCCACAAACAUGCCGAACUCUGUCUCCAGCAGCUCGGACGAGCCCAUUCGCAGAGAGAACAAGACUCCACCUCCCUACAGCGUGUACGAGCGGAACAACCCUCGCAGGCCUGUGCCGCUGCCGCACAGCCUCUCCAUCCCGCCGCAGAUGGACCCCCCGGCCCUGCCGCCCAAGCCCCACCAGCUACGCACAGGCAGCAUGAAGCUGGACUCGUCUUCAGACCCUCGGGUGCCCAGACCCAGGCCUCUGCCCAGGAAGGUGUCCCAGCUAUAGGUGCUGUUUUGGAUCCUGGACUAUGGGCUUGUGGAGGAUGGUAGAUUACACAUGCUGGCAUAUUUUGCACUUUUUUACUGGGCACUCACUUCUUUUUUUCUGAUCUUCAUUUUCAUUCCUGACAUAAGACACAAGUAUACAGAUUAACAGGCAGUCAAAAGAAAAACAUAAAAGAGGAGGAGACGGUCAAAUAAUGACCUUCUUUUUAUCUCAUAUUUAUUGGAGGGCAUUGGAGGAGACUGAUUUUUGACAUACAGCAGGUCACCAUUUACCAGAACACUCUAGAAAAUACCGUUUUGAUAGAUAUAAUAAUCUAAAUAUGUGUAUAUUGGUAUAUAUGAAAAUUGUUUUUGCCUUAAGUAUUGGGAACAGAGUCUUUUUAUCCGUCAGUCUUGCACGUAUUUUUUAAUUUUUAAUAUUGUUUUUUUAACAGCUGUGUACAUUUGUAUACUGUGUGGCUAAAUAGGUGCUAAAGGCCUUGAGUAUGCAUUUCAGUCACGUGUAAUAGACGAGGGUGUGUUCCUGUAGCCAAAUCUACACAACCAAUGGUACAAAAAAAAAAAUGUUAUCACGUCCAACAACGUCCGAGUUGUUGGGAUCAAUAAAAUUCAUGAUUUUAAAAUUCACGCCAAUAUUCAGGCAUAGCCAGGGGGGGGGUGGCCUGACAAAAAUAGAAUUGGAUUGGCUGUAAUAUAUGUCAUCAUUUAAAUAAAGAUUGAAAAUUAUCUGCAUCUAUUUGUGUUCUUAACCCAGGUUAAUCGCCCAUUCUUACUCAUUAGGAUUGAAUUAUGGAUGAUUUUUAAAUUUCAUAAGUUAUGAAUAAAUUAUAAUCUACAGUCACUCAUCACUCUUCUUCAACCACUUAUCUGGGGCCGCGUCGUGGGGACCCCAAACUUCCUUUUCCUGGUCCACAUCAUCUACAGUGCUGUGCAAAAAUAGGCAAGAUUUAAUUAAAAUAAAUAAAUAAAUAAAUAGUAAAAUAAAGAUUACGCAAAAAUAUGGAAAAACUCAAAUAACUUACAAUAAAGAGUGGUAAACAUGGAAGACAAAACAAAAUAAACAAGUGAUGACCCUCUGGGUGAACUGCGUCACAUGGUCACAUUGUUGGUUAUUUUCUUUUAAAGUUUUUUAUUUUAUUUAUUGAUUUUUGUACAGUUAAUAUUUGGAAAUGUCACUUUGUCUUUUACUGAUGAAUCAAUCACAAAAACAUGAAAAGUAUCAAUUCUUACAAAACUACGAGGUUGAAUUAUGCACAGCACUGGUAUGGACAUUUCUACUUUUGUAAUUAAUAAUAAAAUGAUUGUCAUUACUAAAUUCAGUUUCACAGUACGUAUCACUAUAAAUAACUGAAUAUUCAUACUUAAUAAUGAUUUUGUGGAUGUCAGUGGGAUUAAAACGUGCCCGCUGGGUCACUGCCCCCCUUCCUUAAAAAAUCCUGCCGCCACUCCUGUUAGUGUAACAUUUCCACUUGCUGAAAAUAAACCUACAGUUCAGGUAACUUUUGCACAAUAAUGACAACAAUAGGCAUAAUAAUAUAUUGGACAGACUAAUGUGGUUACAAAAGUCUGUUUCAUUCCAAGAACACAUCUUAUUCCUACUGCACGAUGUAUAUUACAGAUUUUUAGGGGGUUACCAAGUAUUGUGCCAAAGGAAAAUGCACAAUGUGCUGUAAAGAUCAAAUUUUUUUAUUUUUAUUUUUAUUUUUAAACCAGGACCUUGAAUUUUGGAAAUGCUGAGACUGGAUUUUAAGAAAAUUUGAGAGGAGAUUUUUAAACCAAUUUUGUGUUGACACUCGUAAAUCCCAAUCUACCGAUCAACUGGAACUCAAGCACAAAUGAUAUUUCAACACUUUAUUUUACAACUAGUACUGUUAUUAUGAAGUGUGUUUGACAAAGCAGUAAUUAAGAAGAGUUUAACAUCUCGCCACGAUGUGCAACGGCAGAGUGCUCUUGAGAAAUGUUUGCAAACUAAUCGAGUAUUUUUACAGCUGACUGAGAUUAUAUAUGUUUGAUUAAAUGAAUGGAAGUGAGUUGACUGCACUAUAAAACUGCAUUGCAAAACUACAAUGACCUAAGUUUUUGAGGCAUGUGAAUUUUACUGUUUUGAGAAAUAGAAGAAAUUUUGCAUAAAAAUGUCACCAAUCAUACUCUGCCUUUUUUUCUUUUUUCUUUUUUUUUUGGAUGAACAAUUAGCUUUAGUAUUGUUUGUAUGUUUCAUUUUUGUAUGAUUAAUUUACAUUUUUUGAAUUUGUUGUGAAUUUUUGAGAUUAAAUAUUCACAUUAAUCAGUACUUGAGAACCUGUAAAUGAUGAGAUUAAUGUAAGUAUGCCAAAUAUAAAAUGUGUGUAUUACAAUUACUGUAAAUAUGGUGUUUUUAACAAAAUGUAGCUAUAACAGUUUACAGCUUUGAAUGUAAUGUUGAAGCAACAAAUGAUUAUUAUAAAUGUUCAAACUUUUAUGGUUUUUGUGAGUGUAGAUUCCUUACAAUCAUGCAUAAUGACGCCUACCACAAGUUCAAUAAAUUGGAAUACAAAUGGAAUAUUUA